UUGUUUUGUGGAAAAUUAGAUCUCUACUUUUAAUGUGUUGUUCAACUACGAUUAUUCGUAGCACUAUCGAACACAAAACUUUGUAGCUUUAAAACAUGCAACUGUAACGUAACAUCGAACUAGUGUUCUUCUCACGACACUCAGAAAUGUCGAAGUGUUCCUUCUACUACAAUUCCAGAGAAGUCCGUAUACAGGGUCGUCAUGUGUAAUAACCAGUGAAGUACCUGAAAGCAUCUUCACGAAGACGUCAGUCAACAAAGGUUAGUGCUUCGUGGCCAAUAUUAGACAAAUCUACCGAUUCCGGUUCUAGGAUGGCUAGAAAACGUAAGGACUGCGAAGAGGACAUGGAUAUACCUGAGAAGAACAGGCCCCUUCAGAGAAAUGCUGCUAAUGCCCGAGAGAGGGCGCGGAUGAGAGUUCUGAGUAAGGCUUUUUCGAGACUCAAGACUUCACUUCCAUGGGUCCCAGCCGACACGAAACUUUCUAAGCUCGACACAUUACGCCUUGCUUCGAGUUACAUCGCCCAUCUCCGACAGAUCCUGACGGAAGAUAGUGGACCACGGAAGGUCGUCAACCCAUUUACUUUGACGUGGCCGUUCACUUUUAGUAGUCGACCCUCUCCGUCAGGUCAAGAAGAACAGAAAUCAUACGCACCGAAAGCACCAACCCCAGCGAUUAGAUACGAUGUUUCACCAGAAUAUCCCCAGGUGGCGUCUGAAUAUAUGGAUUUCAACUUGGGAAGUUGUAACUUCAACAAUAACAGUAUAUUUAGUGAGAUGCAAUGUGUUAGAACGGAUUUGACUAUGCAAUUCAAUUAAAUAUCAUUGUUUCUCACCCCACCCCGAGAAAAAUGAGAAGAAAUGUCAAGUUGAAGUGGUUAGUUUAUUAAGCCUAAAUUUGCUUAAAAAUGUAAUACAGUAGUUUUGUUUUCUUCGCCUUCUCAGCUGUGACAAUGUCUAGGGAGAGAAAGUGUCAGUUGGUUUAGAGGAACACUUAGAGAUUAUAUGUUGUUGAAUAAUAUAAUUGUUCAACAGAAAAAAUAGCUUUAAAAUAACUGUUAAAUAUGGAAGAUACUUCGUUAUACGACGUUAAAGAUCAUAGUCAGGCUUAACGUUAAAAUGUUUGACAGUUUCUGAAGUUACUUCACAAUAUUUAGUUCGUUGGUGUGGAAAUUAUUGUUUUUUAUUUUAGUGGCCAAAUUAAAUACAUUAAGACAUGCUUACUCUACAGCAUUAUUUGAGAAAUAUUUCUAAAUUUGAAUACUAAACUAUGUUCCGAAAUGCAGCUCAAACAUUAGUGAGAAAUGUGGCGUGCAAAUGUUCCAAAAUACAACUUAAACACCAAUAAGAUGGAUGGCGUGCAAGUGUUCCAAAAUACAACUUAAACACCAACAAGAUGGAUGGCGUGGAAGCGUUCCAAAAUACAACUUAAACACCAAUAAGAUGGAUGGCGUGCAAGUGUUCCAAAAUACAAUACUGAUGAGAGAGGUAACGUGCAAGUGUUCCAAAAUACAACUUAAAAACCAAUAAAAUGGAUGGUGUGCAAGUAUUCCAAAAUACAAUACCGAUGAGAGAGGUGACGUGCAAGUGUUCCAAAAUACAACUUAAACACCAACAAGAUGGAUGGCAGUGCAAGUGUUCCAAAAUACAACUUAAAACCAAUAAGAUGGAUGGCGUACAAGUGUUCCAAAAUACAACUUAAACACCAAUAAGAUGGAUGCCGUGAAAAUGUUCUGAAAUAUAAGUUAAACACCAAUUAAAGAAGAAACGUGCAAAGCGAAGUAAAAACAAGUGUGUAAACAUUUAGGUCCUACCACAUACCAAUGUCUGUAAACGAAUUCUCUUAAGAUCAUCAGAGUUCAUAGGAUACAGCAUAUUUAACUUAAUUCUUGUAAGAGUUGAUUGAAUCCACAGUGGAUUUUGCUUAACUCUUAAGGUAAUUAGUGUUGACUGCUCUGAGUUAAUCGACUUAGUAAUGACUUUUAAGAAACAAAUUGGUAAGUUAUUACCGUCUAAGUUUCAAACGGUCGUGAUUAAUCCUGACGUUUCGAAUGUGACAAUGAGAAGAAAAUAUACUUCGUACUUGUACUAUACAAAUGCCAGAAGCUAAACUUACGUGCUUUUAUUUUAAAUCCCCCCCAUCAUAAGGAAUAUGUAGAGCGCUUCUGAAAGCCUGAUAAAAGUGGAAUUAAACCAACAUUACCGUUUAAUUGUAGUUGACAAAACAUCAUAUUAUGUUUCAUAAUUCGACUUU